AGUGGGUGCUCCCCAGCAUUGCUUUGCUUAUAAUAAUUCAUUCCUUUUGUUUUGUUUUGUUUAAAGAGACCACUUUUGUUCUGUUUCGAGAGAGACACAUGUUUUUCUUAUGACUAGUUGGUACCCCAAUUUCAUUUCAUUCUUCAUAGUAUAAUAGCAAAACUAAAUCAACAACCAAACUCUUUCACUUCACCAUCUAUUAACAUGCAGUACAAGAGGCAAUAGCUACACUACAUUUUUUCAACAUCAUUAGUUUGUUUUCUCAAGCAAUCAUUGACUUUCUAUCUUGCUGCAAGUGAUAGAUUCUGGUAAAUACUUGUAGAAAUUUCAAACCUUUUUCAAGUAAACAAAAGAAGAUGAAGUCCAUCAAUGACAGUAGUAACUCUGAUGACAGAAACAACAAUCAUAACAACAAUAACUGGUUGGGUUUUUCUCUCUCACCUCAACUGAAAAUGGAGGUUUCUUCUGCUCCUCCUCCUUCUCAUCAUCAUCAUCAUUAUCAACAACAUCAUCAUUACCAUCAUCAACAUCAACCUUCUUCAGCUUCCAACACUGUUCCUACACCUUUCUAUUUCUCCUCUUCUCACUUCAAUAACUGUUAUGAAAAUGGUAACCUUCAUUCACCUUUGACUGUUAUGCCUCUUAAGUCAGAUGGCUCACUUUGUAUCAUGGAAGCUCUUGGUAGAUCACAACCACAAGUGAUGGUGCCAUCUUCAUCUCCAAAACUAGAAGACUUUCUAGGCGGUGCAACAAUGGGAACUCAUGAUGAAUAUGGUAGUAGUAGCCAUGAAAGAGAAGCAAUGGCUUUAAGCUUAGACAGUAUUUACUACAAUACCCAAAAUGCAGAUCCUCAACAACCUAAUAGAGACCAUUCUCUUGACCUUCUUUCAGAUGAUUCCUUUAGACAACAAAGCCACAACAUCAAUGUCCAGUCACAUCCAUAUUAUUCAGCUCUUCAUUGUCAUGGUAUUUUUCAAUCACAAUUAGAGGAAGAACAAGAAACAACAAAGGCAACAAACCAUGUUGCUGUUUGUAGUUCCCAAAUGCCUCAAAUAGCUGAAGAAGCCGAAGAAAGCAUUGCUUGUUUCAAAAACUGGGAGCAACAAAUGAACACUAACCUAGGAAAUAAUGGUGGAAAUGGUGUUGGUUCUGUUGGUGAGUUACAAUCUUUAAGCCUUUCUAUGAGUCCUGGUUCUCAAUCUAGUUGUGUUACAGCUCCUAGACAGAUCUCACCUACUGGAACAGAAUCAGUGGCUAUGGAUGUUAAAAAAAGAGGAGCUUCUAAAAUGGGUCAGAAGCAACCUGUGCAUAGGAAAUCUAUUGAUACUUUUGGUCAAAGAACAUCACAGUACAGAGGUGUCACUAGGCAUAGAUGGACUGGUAGAUAUGAAGCACAUUUGUGGGAUAACAGCUGCAAGAAGGAAGGACAAACUAGGAAAGGAAGACAAGUAUAUUUGGGUGGUUAUGAUAUGGAAGAGAAAGCUGCAAGAGCUUAUGAUCAAGCAGCUCUCAAGUAUUGGGGACCUUCAACUCAUAUAAACUUUCCCUUGGAAAAUUACACAACACAGCUUGAGGAAAUGAAGAACAUGACUAGGCAGGAAUAUGUUGCUCAUUUGAGAAGAAAAAGCAGUGGAUUUUCUAGAGGUGCUUCAAUGUACAGAGGAGUGACAAGACACCACCAACAUGGUAGGUGGCAAGCAAGAAUAGGAAGAGUUGCUGGUAACAAGGAUCUUUAUCUUGGAACAUUCAGCACUCAAGAGGAAGCAGCAGAAGCAUAUGAUGUAGCUGCAAUCAAAUUCCGGGGAUCAAAUGCAGUGACAAAUUUCGACAUAUCUAGAUACGAUGUCGAAAGGAUCAUGGCUAGCAAUACUCUUCUUGCCGGCGAACAGGCAAGAAGAAACAAAGAUAACGAUCCGAGAACCGAAGUUGUGGAAUACAAUGGUACUAAUGUAUCAAGCCAGAACAGUGUUGAAGCGGCUCAACAGCGAAAAAACAAUGAAAAUGAAUCAAAGUGGAAGAUGGUUUUGUGUAAUAAUCAUCCACAACAGGAACAACAAAAUCAACAAUCAAAUACUUGUGACCAAAAAAUUGGAAAUUUUAAGAAUUCUGAUUUUUCUAUGUCAUUACAAGACAUUGUUGGGAUUGAUUCUGGUCAGCACAUGUUGGAUGAUUCAAGCAAGAAUAUUGGAAAUCAUUUUUCAAAUCCGUCUUCACUUGUGACAAGUUUAAGCUCUUCAAGAGAAGCUAGUCCUGACAAAACAGCUGCUUCAUUACUCUUUCCAAAGCCUUCAAUGGAAACAAAGAUUACUAAUGGUGUUGGUGUUGGUGUUAGUUCUUGGUUUUCUUCACAAAUGAGGCCAAAUGGUUCUAUGAAUUUGUCUCAUUUGCCACUUUUUGCUGCAUGGAAUGAUGCUUAGAGAGAUUAAUAGAUUACAUCCAUAUUAUGUUAAAUUUCCACAUGUAAUAGUUACAAAAAAAAUAUGGGAAAGAAGGAUUAGUGGAGUUAAUUUGGGGGGAAAAUGGUGAUGGGGUGGGAAGGGUAGUUUCGUAAAAGCAUAUGGGAAUAUUUAUUUGUCCAAAAGGGUAAGUUGAGGAAUUUGGGGGAUUAAUUAAAAGAAAGUAUGGAAUUUAGGGGCCACUUUGUUUGUUUUCUUUAUGGCUUUUACAAACAUAGCCUUUUGGCUAUAUGUUGGAAUGAGAAUAUGAAUGUUCAAGGGAAAAGAAUUUAAUUAAAGUAGACUAAUGAUUGAAUUGUGUGACAUGAUGUUUGACAAUAUGGAAAUAUGGCCCUUAAAUUAUUGAAUUUUC